CCAUCGUAGCCGCCUAAGCCGAUUUUCUACAUUUCUAAUCUUCUAUCUAUAUAUAUUUCCCCAGUUGCCUCCAUUUUCCUCCCUUCAAACAAUUACUGAAUUUUCUGGUUCACACACUGUGAAUUCUAUCUGCGUGGAUAGUGAAAUCGAAUGGGUGAGAAACAGGAAGGAGAGAAGAAAGCCGCCGACGGCGGUGGAAAGAAAGAAGUUGCGCCGGCGACCGUGGUGUUGAAGCUGGACUUGCAUUGCGAAGGGUGCGCGAAGAAAGUCAAACGUGCGGUUAACCAUUUCGAAGGUGUCGAGAAGGUGAAGGCAGACUGCUCGGCCAACACGUUGACCGUGACCGGCAAUGUGGACCCCGCAUGGCUCCGGGAACGAGUCGAGUACAAAACGAAGAAGAAGGUUGAACUCGUCUCUCCUCAGCCCAAAAAGGAAGCCGCCGGCGAGAAGAAGCCCGACGACAAAGCCGACAAGAAAGCCGACGAAAAGAAGCCCGAACCCGAUAAGAAGGAAAAGCCCAAAGAGGCUGCAGUUAGUACGGUGGUGAUGAAAAUCAGGCUGCACUGUGACGGGUGUGCCCAUAAAAUAAAGCGAGUGAUAUUAAAGAAUAUCGACGGUGUCAACACGGUAAAAACAGAUCUCCAAAAGGAUUUGGUAACGGUAACGGGGACGAUGAACGUGAAAGAGCUAACAGCAUACUUAAAGGAGAAACUCAAGAGAACCGUAGAAAUCAUCCCUCCGGCGAAGAAAGACGACGGCGGUGGAGACAAGAAGGAAAAGGAAGCCGCCGCCGCCGGCGACAAAAAGGAGUCCAAAGAAGGCGGCGGAGGAGAAAAGAAGGCGGCGGACGGCAAAGAGAAGAGCGGUGACGAGAAGAAGAAGGAAGGCGGCGAGAAAGGUGCGGGUGAGGCACCGAAGGUGGAGGUUAGCAAAUUGGAAUACCACAGCUUCAAUCCGCAGACGCAUUACGCAGCGCCAAUGGCUAUGUUCUACAACCAGAGCUACACAAAUCAGGACUACGGUAUUCAAAAUUACAGUUAUCCGCCGCCGUAUCCGUACAAUCCUGCUGCGGACUACGGCGGACACUACCGGCAAGGGCCGCCGCCGCCGCCGCCGACGUACAUGAACAUAAAUGACCAAAUGUUUAGCGACGAAAACCCGAAUGGAUGCUCCGUUAUGUGAAUGGAUAUGCCGUCCGUCCGUUAAGGGAGAGAGUUCAUUAUAUUUUUAAAUGUAUAUAAAAAAUUAAAUAUUAAUAUAAUUAUGUUAUUAAACAAGAGAACAAAUUUUCCUUUUCGGAAAAAUUUUUACUUAUAUAUAAAAAAUCACUGAGCGAGUCUACGUGGUAGAAAUAUAUAAAAAUUCGGGGGCCGGUAUUUGUUAGGUUGUUUUUAUUGUCCGACUUUGUACGUUGUCAGCUUCUUUUGUAGUUUAUGUAGUAUAAAAAUACGAGAUUUUUUAUUGUAUUUCUUAUCUGUUUUUAUGAUUAAUUAGACGAUUAAUAAAUUAAAGAGUUGAGUUUAGAA